AUGAGAAGCAGGGUGUGGUUUCCUCCAGCGGGGCUGCUGGCUCUGCUAUGCUGCCUUGGUCUGGGGCCCGUUCAGGGGGGGAAGGUGUUGGUUAUGCCCGUGGAUGGAAGCCACUGGCUUAGUAUGAAGAUACUUGUAAAGGAGCUCGGCCGCAGAGGCCAUGAUGUCACGGUCCUGGUGCCUGAAAGCAGCCUGUUGAUCCAAGGUUCUGAAAGCUACAAGACUGAGGUCUACAAAGUGCCUUAUACCAAAGAAGAACUGGAUGAGAACUUUAACAAGCUCCGGGAAGGAUUAUUCGACCAAAAACCAGGACUUGCAGAUUUAUUUGUUAAUGUGGAGCGUCUGGUGACUUUUACCUCUCUUCAGUCUUUGGGCUGUGAAGCUUUAUUGGACAAUGAGCCUUUGAUGAAUCAACUCAGGAAAGAAGGUUUUGACAUCUUGCUUACAGAUCCUUUCCUUCCCUGUGGCUCUGUUCUGGCACAUAUUUUUUCAAUUCCUGCAGUGUAUUUUCUGCGCGGUCUUCCCUGUGAGCUGGACAUUAAAGCUAACAAGUGCCCCUCUCCUGUUUCCUACGUCCCCAAGGCUUUCUCUGGUAACACAGACCGUAUGACCUUCCCAGAGAGGGUUAAAAACAUGAUGAUGUCCUUUUUGGAGUCUCACAUAUGCACAGUCAUGUAUCGCCACUUUGAUGAACUGGUCAGCAAGCGCAUCAAAGACGGCAUGUCUUACAAAGAACUCAUAAGCCAUGGGGCCAUCUGGCUUCUCAGAUAUGACUUUGUUUUUGACUGGCCCAAACCUCUCAUGCCAAACAUGGUUUUGAUAGGCGGGAUCAACUGUGCAAAGACAGCUCCUCUUCCAGAAGACCUGAAGGAAUUUGUGGAUGGCUCAGGAGAUGAUGGCUUCAUUGUCUUUACACUUGGCUCAAUGGUAUCAGACAUGCCAGAAACUAAGGCCAAAGUGUUCUUUGAUGCCUUUCGCCAACUUCCUCAGAGGGUGCUCUGGAGAUAUACAGGUAAAGUACCCAAAGAUAUGCCCAAGAACGUCAAGCUUCUGAAAUGGUUACCUCAGAAUGAUCUCCUAGCCCACCCCAAAGCUAAACUCUUCAUGACUCAUGGUGGCAGCCAUGGUAUCUACGAAGGUGUCUGUAAUGCUGUUCCUAUGUUGAUGCUUCCACUUUUUGGGGACCAGGGGGACAACGUACACCGAAUGGUGUCUCGCGGUGUUGCUGAGAAGUACGAUAUAUUUGAUUUGAAAACAGAAACACUGGUACCUGCGCUGAAAAAAGUUAUCAACGAUAAAGGAUACAAAGAACGGAUGGUGAAGCUUUCGCAGAUACAUCUGGACCGCCCUGUGGAGCCAUUGGACCUGGCUGUUUUCUGGUCUGAGUUCGUAAUGAGACACAAAGGAGCCCCUCAUCUAAGAGUAGCCGCACAUGAUUUGAACUGGUUCCAGUACCACAGCCUGGAUGUUAUCGGCUUUUUACUUUUAGUUUUUGUCACCGUUUUGUGGGUGACUUUGAAAUCCUGUUUGUUUUGUACUCGCAAGUGUUGUGGAAAGAGAGGAGGAAAGAAGAAAUCUGAGUAGUGUCCAUCUCAAAGUAAAUACUUCAAACACUACUGUAAAUGUUUUGUCUGGUGUACUGUAAAAUGUGUAUAUGUGAAUAAUGCUAUUCAUUAUUUGGCCAGAAAAUUGUAAAAAACUAAGUUGGCAUUUACUUUUGUCAUCCAGCUUUCCUAAGCGAUUGAAAUAAAUACAAUU